GUGAUUUCUGAUUUCUGAAGAUGAAGUUGUGCAAUACAAAAAACUGAACCGAGUUUCUCCAGAUUUUUUUUUUAUUUAGUUACAAUUCGCCAUGGAAGCUUGAGAAUUGGUGGAAUUACAUACUUGUACGAAUAGGUGUUUGUUUGUUUCAUGUUGUCGUGAAUUAUUCAUUACCGGUGAAGUAAGUACCCAUUCCUCUCUCUCUCUCUCUCUCUCUGCGAUGGGGUUUCUGAGGUUCACGAGAAGACUCCAUGGACUCCACCGCACCAGAACACGAAGCAGCGCAAUUGUACGGAAUCCCUACAUUCAGAGGAGAGCGUUCUCCGGCGGAAACGACGGCAAUGAUUCAUUGCUACCGGUAUUAAUCGUCGGCGCAGGCCCUGUUGGACUUGUUCUAUCGAUUCUUCUCACUAAAUUAGGGGUUAAAUGUGCGGUUAUGGAGAAAAGCAGUGGUUUCUCUAGACACCCUCAAGCUCAUUUCAUCAACAACCGGUCGAUGGAGGUUUUUCGGAAAGUAAAUGGCCUGGCCGAUGAGAUUCUCAAGUAUCAGCCUCCUGUGGAUUUAUGGAGGAAGUUCGUAUACUGUACUUCACUUACUGGUCCGGUUCUUGGUUCAGUCGACCACAUGCAACCUCAAGAUUUUGACCGGAUUGUGAGCCCAGUUUCCGUUGCCCACUUUUCACAGUACAAACUCACGAAGUUGCUAAUUAAACAGCUCGAGGACAUUGGUUUUCAUAUCAGAAGUGACGUGUCUAUGAAUUCCAACGACUGUCAGCUGGCAGAGCGGGAGAUACUAUUGGGGCAUGAGUGCACUUCAAUCAAUGCCUCUGAAAAUGGUGUAACUGUGACGGCAAAUAUAACGAGGGAAGGAAAGCAUGUGGAGAAAGAAUUCCAGUGCAAUUUCGUUGUGGGUACAGACGGUGCAGGAAGUACUGUAAGAAAACUAAUGGGAAUAGGCAUGUGCGGCAAACGGAACCUGCAAAAGCUUAUCAGUGUGCAUUUUACGAGCAUGGAUCUUGGACAGUACUUGAUUGAAGAGAAACCGGGAAUGCUGUUUUUCGUGUUCAACACUGAAGCCAUAGGUGUUAUUGUUGCUCAUGAUCUGAAGCAAGGGGAAUUUGUGUUGCAGGUACCAUUUUAUGCACCGCAGCAGAAGUUUGAGGAUUUUAGCUCAACGAUGUGCGAGAAAUUAAUCUUCAAAUUGGUUGGUCGAGAGCUUGCAGACAUAAAUGUCCUAGAUGUAAAACCCUGGGUGAUGCAUGCUGAAGUUGCCGAAGCAUUCUUGGCAUGUAAUAACAGAAUAAUACUUGCUGGUGAUGCUGCUCAUCGUUUUCCUCCUGCUGGUGGUUUCGGAAUGAAUACUGGCAUUCAGGACGCUCAUAAUCUUGCAUGGAAGUUGGCUUCUGUACUCGACGGAAUUGCACCACCGUCGUUUCUUUCCACUUAUGAAACAGAGCGUAAGCAGAUCGCCGUCUUUAAUACAGAAUUGAGUGUUCAAAAUUUUAAAGCAGCAAUGGAAGUCCCUGCUGCUCUCGGUCUUGAUCCAAGCAUUGCUAAUUCAGUUCAUCGCACUAUAAACGGUACUUUUGGUUCCUUCUUACCAUCCAAUCUACAAAGGGUAGUUCUAGACGGAAUAUUUAGCAUUGGCCGAUUGCAGCUUUCUGAUUCACUUCUCAACGAAAACAAUCCUAUUGGUUCUUCGAGGCUUUCGAAACUAAGACAGAUAUUUGACCAAGGAAAAAGCCUUCAACUACAAUUCCCCGCUGAAGACCUAGGAUUCAGGUACUCUAAAGGAGCGCUGGUGUCUGAAGGUGAUAGUUCGUGGACCCCACAAGAAACGCCAACUGGACGUAGGAGGGACUAUGUUCCCUCCUCAGAUCCUGGAUCAAGAUUGCCUCAUAUGAAUAUUCAAUUAUUAUCGCCACUAUUUUGCAAGGAUGCAUUCUCGACCCUCGACCUUGUAUCUGGUGAUAAAGUUGAGUUCCUUCUUAUAAUAGCACCGAUCAAAGAGUCGUACCAGCUGGCACGAGCUGCAUUUAAGGUGGCCGAGGAAUUUAAGGUUGCGGUUAAAGUAUGCGUGAUGUGGCGAGAGAAAGCUAGUGCUGAUGAUGGAUUUGUCGGAAGCGAAAAGACACUUUUACCCUGGAAGAAUUUCGUGGAUGCGAUUGGAGCUGAUUGGUGGGAACUGUGUGGGAUGACAGAUAGAGGAGCUGUUUUAGUGAGGCCAGACGAGCACAUUGUUUGGCGUGCAAAAUCGGAAAUCAAUGGCGAUCCUUUCUUGGUGCUCAAAAAAGUGUUUUGUGCUAUACUUGGCAUAUAAAUAUACAACGCAGUACGUAUUUGCAGGUCUUUGUAGAUGCUACAUUCGUUGAAAUUCACUUGAUUUAGUGUCAAAUGUAAUGUAUUUGCACAGGUAGAUGUUAUUACCUAGUACAGAAUUUACAUGUGUCUAUGAAAUUGUAAUCCUUUCAAAGAGAAAUAUAGGUACUUUCGUGUUAUAUACAAGGGUAAGUUGGUCAUUUUACAUAACCACGACCCA